ACAGCAAGCUUUGAGUGACGUUUCUUCACAGCUGUUGGUGAUUGUUUACAAACAAUUUACCUAGAUGCGGGAGAUAUUUUAGUGAACUGUGGAGCUGUGCUGUCCUUGCUGUAUUAUUCCCUUUUACUGCAUCAUGGUGAAAAUAGAGCUUUGUAUUUCCAACAUUUGUCGGCUUUGUUUGGGCGAAGACGAAACAAUUCCCGCAUCGGACGUUAUGAAUUCUUCCCUUACUACGGAACUCAUAGAAAAGUUCACCGGCAUUCAGAUUGACCCUGCAGGAAAACUGGCAUACGCUAUUUGUUUGCGAUGUAAAGCUAACCUACAGCGUUCGGUUGAAUACCGCGACGCCUGCCUCAACAAUGACAUACUGUUUAGGCAAUUGUUUUUCUCAAAAUCCAAUUAUAGCAACGAUCACACCGAUGAGACCAAAUGCAGCGCCGAAACAAUAGCGUGGGAUUCUGAUGCGAUUGAAUUUAUUAAUCCAGCUACAGUAACCACACCACUUGCUGUAGAGGACGGUGAUCGAUCAUCCUUCGAACAGUCGAUCCCGGAAUUUGAACCAGAACAAGACGAAUGUUCCAAUCCAGAAUCUGUUGCCGUUUGCGAACUGGAAAACACCAAUGAGCCGAAAGAAUCUCCCCAAAAACCGGGCCAUAAGCGGGCAAAACAGAAACAGCUGUGUGUGUUAUGCGGCAAAACAGUCACCUACUUAGCACGACAUCUCAAUAGCCACACCAAGAACAGUACCUACAGUUGUCCCCAUUGCUCCCAGACGUUUACGGACCAUUCCAACCUAAUGCGUCAUAUACGAGCGGUGCAUCAGAAAAAAGUAAUCAUGUUCUGCACACCGUGUGACCGGGGUUUUACGAGUAAAAAUUCGUAUGAUGCUCAUAUGCGUGCGCAGCAUAGCGUAGGAGAGCCUUUGGAGUGUGAAAUUUGCUCGAAAACGUUCAAACAACUGAGCGGCUACAGGAAGCACAUUACUCUAUUUCACAAAAACGAACGGAACUUUGGCUGUACGGUUUGUGGAAAGCUGUUUAAGAGCAGACAAGCACUUCAGCACCAUGGCACGGUACACUCGUCGAGCCGGCCCUACGCGUGCGGAAUCUGUUCGAAACGAUUUAAAAGUCAAUUUGCCCGAUCUACCCACGAACUAGCACACAGUGGGAACAUUUUCCCGUGCUCGGUUUGCGAUAAAUCGUAUCGCUACAAGUCACUGCUUAGCCAGCACGUCAAAAAAGUACAUCCUGAGAAUUGUUAAAUCAUUUUCAUUAUUGUUUGUCUUUUACAUUCAACAUAAAUCGAACUGUAAUUGCGCAUUGCAGAGGAUUUUCUUUGAAAUUUAAAAAAUAAAUAAUGGAAUUAAAACCAUGCUGAUCUGCUAUGGCGCCUCUUUCCCGCCAAAACCAC